CUUAUUUUGGUACAUGCAGAGAAAUGUGAGCAAGAAUUGGCACAUCCCUCCUUCUUUUCCUAGUGAUGCAGUGAUCUCUGCAUAUGCAGCUCCACAAGUAGAUAAAUCAACUGAACCUUUUGCGUGGGGAAAGCCUGAUGUUUUUUCGCUACGCAGAUUGUGCUGGGAAAAGUUUGGAUGGGCUAGCCAGAAGGCUGAUGAGCUGCUUUCACCGGUCUUAAAGGAGUACAAUAAGCACGAGACGCAAUUGCGACUCGAAGCAUUUUAUACUUUCAAUGAGCGAUUCGCCAAAAUCCGCAGCAAGAGAAUUAAGCAAGCUGUGAAAGGCAUAACCGGAAAACAGUCCACAGGCUUGGAAAAAGCUGAUGAUUUGCAAGAGAAUCCUGCAAAGAUGAAGAAAGCUGAAGCACGUGCCAGUGUUAACACAAGGAAAAAGUCUCUUUCAAAAAGAAAAGAUUAUGUUGUUGGAUCACGAAACAAAUCUGCUAAAAAGUAUAGAUCACUACAGCAGGAGAAUAAAGAGGAUGGGCUGUCAGCCACAGGAGUCUGUACCGAGGCUGAAAAACAGAGUAUGAGGGAUGCUGGAAGCAGUAGAGUCAGAGGUAGAGGAAAAAGAACAGCUGUUGGUAAAGGUAGGCGAAAGGAGAAUUUUGAUUCUGAGUGUGAUGAGACCAGUAUAGAUGAUCACAACAGCAACAGUGAUGAGCAUGAACAUGAAGUGCUAUCUGAAAUCAUUGAGUCUCCUGAUAAUGUUCGAAGGUCAAAGCGUGCCCGGAAAGCUGCCAACUAUGUGGAAGAAGAUGAUGAAAGUGAUGAGCUACUGACUUCUCUAAAUGAGACGGACAAGAAUAGUGAAGGAGCAGGUGGACGUGAAGCUGAUACGGCUAAUGUUAAUGCAGAGAAAGACUUCAUGUCUGGAGAUCUUUCUGGUCCUGGCUUCCCUGGAGACUACUUAGUAAUGGGUGGUGGAUUCUGUCCUGAAGAAGACGAGGCAGAAAUAGAUAGUAAUCUGUUAGGUUCUAUCCAGAUGGACACUGCUAUUGUUGAUGUAGAUGGUGAAUAUUUGCAAAUGGGCGGUGGGUUUUGUGUAGAUGAUGAAGAUGAUCCGAAUUUCCAAGAACGUGAUGGAGGUGGAGCAUCCACUGUAACUGAUGCUCAUGUUUCCACUGUAACUGAAACUGAAGAACAUGGCCUAACAAUUGAUCCUUGUGAAAAUUCCUCAGCUCCAGUGAGUGUUCUCGAUACAGCCGAGGGCUUGCAAAAAGGCUUCUCGUGUGAUGUUAAUCUAAAUCUUGAUAAACUCCGAACCUUUGAUGACAAUUUGCCUAAUGUAGCCAACAUUGCUGCUCCAACUUCUGUGAACCCAUUUAGUGCUCUUCCAUAUUUGAAAAAAAAGAAAAAGAAACCUUGAUACCCGGAAUCUCUGCUAUAUUUUAGGUUUUGCUGUUGUAAAUAGUAUAUACCACAAGAUUUUAGGAAGAAGCUCAAUCCUAAAAUUAUUUGGUUAGUCCUUUCACCAUGGUUGUACCAGGCCCACCACUACUAUUAAUAGUUGUUUAUUGGCCUCUUUUUGUUAUUCUCCCAUAAA